AAUACAACCAGGAAGUAGAUCACUUGUAUACGAGGCCACCCUGUCUCUACAGAGAGCGAGACGGCGCAGAUCUCAAACAAAGCAAAUACCUGAAACAGGUUUGACGAACACUUCAUAACGUUUAUCAAAUGUUGUUAACUCGAUGCAGCAUCCAAACCAACAAUGACAAUUUGUGGAUUUUACCUUCUGACGCUCCUCACGUUACUUGGAUAUCGGCUGAGCAGUGUUGCCAGUAUGACACCAACGCCACUUCAAGUGGAUUACGGGGCUAACUGUACUGACAAUACAGACUGUUUAAACAGCAAUGCAAUUUGUAAUGGAUCCGACAUAUGUGCAUGUAAUGACACUCACUUCUACGACACAGGCAGCAACACAUGCACUGAGAAACUAGCCUUCGCCGGUACAUGUAGUGAGACAUCCCAGUGUGACACUAACUCAGACCAAAACAUAGAGUGUAUUCAGACAGCAGCAGACAAGAAGUGCCUCUGUCAGGAUGGAUGGUAUAGGCCAAAUACAAGUCCAACAUCUUGUGUUGAAACUACCCAACUAAAGCCAGCCAUCUCAGACCCACCAUCCAUAGGGACAGGCAAUAUUGGCAUCAGCUGGACAAAUACAGUUGCCAAUGGAGGGUACACAUUCAACUACAUGGUAGUGUGGAGUCAAGGAUCUCCGGGAUCACCAGGAAAUGCCUCUACACAACAGACGACCUACAACAUUCAGCCCCUGUCUCCAGGAACAGUGUAUACAGUCACAGUCGAACUUACCAUCACACAGUACGGCAGGAGUCAGACGAUUACCUCGGACCAAAAACCAUUUACAACAGAGCAAGUCUUUGGCGGAAUAUGCAAUAACACGAUCCAGUGCGACAACUCCAACCCGAACAUAGUCUGUGUUCAGAUAACAGGACAACCAGAUGAUAGAUGCCUCUGUCAGGGUGGGAUGUAUAGGCCAUCAUCAUCAUCAUCUUGUGCAAACACUAGUGUACUACGACCAGUCAUCACAGACCCACCAUCCAUAGGAACAGGCAAUAUUGGCAUCAGCUGGGCAAAUACAGAUGUCACUGGGGGGUACUCUAAGAUAUAUAAGGUAGAGUGGUCUCCAGGACCCCCAGGAUCACCAGGAUCACCAGGAUCUGCCUCCACACAACAGAAGAACUACAACAUUCAGCCCCUGUCUCCAGGAACAGAGUAUACAGUCACAGUCCUACUUACUAUCACACAGUACGGCAGGAGCCAGACGACUAUCUCGGUCCCUAGGACAUUUGAAACGAAUAAACAAGCCUUCGGCGAUGUAUGUAGUGAGACAUCCCAGUGUGACACCUCAGACACCAACAUAGAGUGUGUCCAGAUUACAGCAGACAAGAAGUGCCUCUGUAAGGCUGGAUGGUAUAGGCCAAAUACAUCACCUUGUGUUGAAACUAACUCACUACAACCAGCCAUCGUAGACACACCAUCCAUAGGAACAGGCAAUAUUUAUAUCAGCUGGACAAAUACAGAUGUCACUGGAGGAUACUCCUACGGCUAUACGGUAGCGUGGUCUCCAGGAUCUCCAGUAUCUUCAGUAUCUGCCUCACAGAAGAACUACAACAUCCAGCCCCUGUCACCAGGAACAGUGUAUACAGUCACAGUUGCACUUACACUCACACUGUACGGCAGAAGUCAGACGAUUACCUCGGACCCAAAAGCAUUUACAACAAAAAAGGUCUUCGGCGGUGCAUGUAAUGAGACAUCCCAGUGUGACACCUCAGACUCCAAUAUAGAUUGUAUACAGACUACAGUGCCAUCAGACAAGAAGUGCCUCUGUAAGAAUGGGUGGUAUAGGCCGAAUACAAGUCCAGCCUCUUGUGUUCAAUCUAGUGUGUUACGACCAGUCAUAACAGACCCACAAUCCAUAGGAACAGGCAAUAUUGGCAUCAGCUGGACAAAUACAGAAGUCACUGGGGGGUACACCUACAUCUACACGGUAGUGUGGUCUCCAGGACCUCCAGGAUCACCAGGAUCACCAGGAACUGCCUCCACACAACAGAAGGCCUACAACAUUCAGCCCCUGUCUCAAGGAACAGAGUAUACAGUCACAGUUGCACAUACCAUCACACAGUACGGCAGGAGUCAGACGAUUACCUCGGUCCAAAGGAAUAUUACAACAAAGAUCGCCUACAAUCAAACCUGCUCACAACUUGGCUUGUGUAUCGAUGCCCGUACCAACUGUUACAGUGGUAGUUGUCGCUGUGAUCAGGGAUACUACCGAGCUACCGACUGUUCCAGCAUUGAACAACUCCGGCCUACCUCUGUGACGGCCGACGUACACGACACAACCACCAUGACAGCAUCCUGGACAGCUCCACCUAACGCCAUCAUUACCGGUUAUGAGGUGUCUGUUACACCAGGGGACAUCACUCCAAUCAGUGUGGACAGAGACAUCAGGACCACGCCCAUCACAGGCCUGACUCAGGGGAGACAGUACACUGUGUCUGUGAAGACAAAGAUCACCUAUCUGCCGGGACGCGAUGAGAAGACGACCGCUGUACUUGCAGCACCAAAACGAACAACACCGGUUGCCAUCGUGGGCCUGGACAGCAAAACCAACAGGACAGCUCCGGACAUCACCAUUGUAUUUACCAAGGCUGAGGGGGAUGCAAACAAGUACAUUGUGACACUCAGUGGGAGGGAUGGAGAUACAUAUUACCAAAGACAUGAACCUCUCCACGGCAGUGGACAGGAACUCAUCUCUGUCAUCUUCACUGGUGUUGUCUCUGCUGUGUCGUACGCCCUGAACAUACAAACACAGAGUGGGAACCUCCUUAGUUCACCGUAUACCCUCGUGAUCAGAGUACAAGGACAUCCGGCCGGAAGAGUUACCAAUCUGAAGUCGUUUGACAACACUUCCCUCUCUAUUGCUGUGGAAUGGCGCAGACCACUCCGCCCUAACGGGGAUAUCUAUGACUACAUUGUCGACGUGAGGACGGGCAGUCCGUCAAUGUGUGUGAGGCGGGUCGUCAUAAACUGCACUGAAUGUAACAGAACUAUGAUUGUACCACAGAUGCAGAUCGAAUGUGCAACAUACAUGACAGUGGUGAUAUCUCGGGUUGACAUUGAAAGUACCUCCCACGUUAUUCAGCACAACAUAACAGGCCUGAACCCAGAUACACCCUACAGCAUAGACGUAGUAGCUGUAAAUGAAGACGGACCGGGAACAUCGGACAGAGUCAAUUUGCACACACCUGAGGAAGCUGCUGGUGAACCUACAAACUUCAAGGCACAGAGCACGUCAUCAAACGAGAUAACUCUGACAUGGGAUCCUCCACAGCCCAGACCUGGUGUGACUCGUUACAACGUAACUGUGUACGAACAGCGGGAAGACGGCGUGGGUUACGACACUUUGAAGAUCAUACCAAUUUCAGGAGAUUGGGCAGCCAAGACGUAUACCAUUGGCAAUCUCUCCAGCUAUUGGCAUUACAAGGCUGAUAUUGUAGCUCAGACAAGCAUUGGUCCUUCGGCGAUUGUCAGCGGCAUGCCUGCGAGAACGAUGGAAUCUGAACCAAUUAAUGUGACGAACUUCAAGAUCGAGAAAGUUCCUGAUGUGUUUAACAAGAUUCAAGUGUCGUGGAAGUGUCCCAAACAGAAGGAUGGACGAAAUGGAGAAAUUGUCAACGCCAACCUGAAUUUCUUUACAAACCAACCGGCAGUGUAUGUGGAACCUGUACGGAAGAAUAUUAACUUCUCAGCCGUAGGAACUGACUGCGUGUGGGACCAGACUGUUACAGUCACUACAGAAUUCUUGUACGAGUUCCAGAUUCGUCUCUACAACAGGGGCUUCGUUGGUGCUGUGGUAAAAACAAGUAUCUACAUACAAGGCGGACCUCCAUUACAGACGGAAAUUAUCAAUUCCGUGAAAAAGGGAACGGAGCAAUCGGAGACGCCACCAUUGCUCAUUUGUCCCCGCUGUCUUCAUGAUCGCACAAAUGGCCAAGUAAACAAGACGGGGCUCAUUGUGUGUCGAAAAGACAACUGUGGGCAAGACAGAAAUCUUCGUCAAACUACUUCUGCAGUGGAUUAUGACAAUAUGGCCAACUGGAAUGCAGCCAAUGCACAGAAUUUUGGUAUUCCCUACAGAGCAACAAGAGAUAACUGGCUUGAUGGACUUAGUGGAAAAUCAAGUUUACUUUUUACUCUCGGAAAUGAGGAUUGCAGUGGAAACACGAAGAAUCUCUUUUGUAAUGGAAAACUCCCCACAGGAGAAACUUUUAUCGUGUAUGCAUUUUCUUGUACGAAUAAUGGAUGCACUACGAGCAACGGAAUAGAAAUAUCAACAUCAGCACCAGUACCAGUUGCUGCUGUGGUCGGAGGUGUAGUUGCUGCGGUAGUUGUCAUACUCGUUGUAAUAGGCAUCUUUAUCAUUCUGCGACGAAAAAAAGCACAAAGGGAAAGGCCAAAGAAGAACAGAAAUCAAGUGAUCGCAAAGUUUCACCCAGACCAAAAUGACACAUAUGACGAGAUUCCUGAUGCUCAGAUGGUGACUGUCAACAGCAGUCGCAGUAAUGAGGGUUAUGUAAACUAUGUGUCUGGACAGUCCCCUCGGGACCCAGAUAAUACGUACGACCAGCUUGCAACUUACCAGAAUGCAGAUGGUCAUGAUUAUGGAAGGAUAACUACUGAAACCAGGUUUAAAUAAGACAACAAGAAGCAGUAGUAUAUUGAAUAACUUGCAUGUUUUCUGCAAUGCAAAAUGUAAGCCUAGAAGCAAUAACAUUGCUUUGUAGUUUGUGAUUAGUAUGCACCCUGGUGUAUGAACCUACAUGUACGUAUAUUAAUGUGCGAGACAGGUGUUAUGGCUGAUACACCCAAUAGACACAGGCUUUGCUGUACCAUGAUUGCUUUUCCAUCUCUAAUGAUUACCUGUUGACGUUGUUACCCUUCGAUCAUGUUGUCCUAUCUUUUCAAUGCUAAAAUGUAAGAAUAUGACAUUGAUUAUGUGCAAAAUAUACAACUGUAUGCUGUUGUCUCAAAUCAUUUCAAUCAAAACCAUUUCAAUAAUCAUGAAGAAUCUCUACGUAAAGCCGAGGCCUUUGUGCGAUUUCGACUGUCAUAAGCAUGUGUUAAAGAAUCACUCUCAAAUAGUGAUGAUGACAGGUGUUCUUGAAAAGAUGCCUCCCGUCACUUACACUUGCACAGGCAAGUCAAGUGUUCACCUAAAAAAACACGUGUACAUAUGGCACAAGUCAAAACAGUGAAUCGGACACGACACCAUUUUUGUCAUGGAUGCCUCAAAAGGUGAAUAUUUGAAAGUUGAAGUAAUCAGUCUUGUGGAUAGUUUUUUGUUACUUUGGAUCUUUAUGCACAGACCUAAAUAUGAAACAGAUGAGGCGGUUUCACUGGUCUACUUUGUUUUUGGUACUGGUGGGUGAAAUGAAUUGGCUAUGUGGCCAUUAUAUACAAACAUAUAUAAUCUAUAUUUUGGUAUUUUGGGUUCGUUUCACUUGUUUAGUUUGAAUAUGAUCUUCAAUAUAUUUUUCAAAAACAGUAUAGACAAGUACCGUCAGCGAUAUGACCCAGGCAGGGGUAUAUGUUCUAGACUAACAGUUGUAGGACUUCAGUGCCUGAGUGGGUUAUAUCGCUGUGCUGGCGAUUGGGUAUCUCACUAUGAGAGUGGGGGUUCGAAUCCCGGAUCACAAACAGUUCUAGAAUUUGUACUUUACUAAGAAAAUGUACUCCCAAAUAUAUCAUUUGUUACAUUUCACAACUCUCUAAAAGGGUUGUGUAUUCAAAAUACAGACAAUCCAAAUAAAAGGAUCAAGAGUAUGUUUAGGAUUAGUUCAGGUCGCAAAAUAAUCGGCAAUUAAUCAAAACAAUUCUUCAUCUCAAGUGUCCAAAUUGUAUUUCAGCAUGAAGGUUUAGUAGAUGUUACUUGGUUUAACACAAUUUCUUUUGGGAAAAUUAGAUGUUGUAUCUUUUAUUAAUGUAAUACGCCUGUUAUUGGAAUGUAAUAAAUGUGUUUAUGUGACACUGACCAAAUAUAUGUCAU